CUAAAGUGUAGGUUUCGUCUCUGCUCUUCUGCUUUUGUACUAGUAGUAGUAGUAAUCUGCUUCUCUCUUCUUCAUCUUCUUCUCUUGUCUUCCCUUUUCUUCUAGUCUAUCCUCGUUGGCUCAGUUCUUGGAGAGGUUUUUUGUUCGAGUUGUGUGAGAGAGAAUUCGUCCAUUCUUGAUGAGGUUUUGGGUUCUUGGGCACUUCUUGUUCUAGCCAAGAGAAAUUGCGAUUUGAAUACGCUCCAUCGAUAUGUGAAGCCAUCCAAGAACUCGGUGGAAAUCAAGAAUUCAGAGGCCAUCUCGAACGAGCUCACCAUCUGCUUGCAAGAAUCAGCGAGUGCGAAGUUGACGUAGACGACGAGAAGCCAUGGCCGCCUCGCCGCCGUUCAUGGCGGCCGCGGCGUUCCUUACGCUUGUGGUGGUGCUGUUUCGGGCGCCGGCUCCCGCCAUUGCCGUCGGCGAGGAGGCGGCGGCGCUGCUGGCCUUCAGGCGCGCGUCCGUGGCGGACGACCCGGACGGCGCGCUGGCGAGCUGGGUGCUGGGCGCCGGCGGCGCCAACUCCACCGCGCCGUGCUCGUGGGACGGCGUGUCGUGCGCGCCGCCGCCCGACGGCCGCGUCGCCGCCGUCGACCUCAGCGGCAUGAGCCUCGCCGGCGAGCUGCGGCUCGACGCGCUCCUCGCGCUCCCGGCGCUGCAGCGCCUCAAUCUCCGCGGCAAUGCCUUCUACGGCAACCUCUCGCACGCCGCGCCGUCGCCGCCGUGCGCGCUCGUGGAGGUGGACAUCUCGUCGAACGCCUUGAACGGGACGCUGCCGCCGUCGUUCCUGGCGCCGUGCGGCGUGCUGCGGUCCGUGAACCUGUCGAGGAACGGCCUCGCCGGCGGCGGGUUCCCGUUCGCGCCGUCGCUGCGGUCGCUGGACCUGUCGCGCAACCGCCUCGCCGACGCCGGCCUGCUCAACUACUCCUUCGCCGGCUGCCACGGCGUCGGCUACCUCAACCUCUCCGCCAACCUCUUCGCCGGGCGGCUGCCGGAGCUCGCCGCGUGCAGCGCGGUGACCACGCUCGACGUGUCGUGGAACCACAUGUCCGGCGGGCUCCCGCCGGGGCUCGUGGCCACCGCGCCGGCCAACCUGACGUACCUCAACAUCGCCGGCAACAACUUCACCGGCGAUGUCUCCGGCUACGACUUCGGCGGGUGCGCCAACCUCACGGUGCUCGACUGGUCCUACAAUGGCCUAAGUAGCACCAGGUUGCCACCGGGGCUCAUCAACUGCCGCCGCCUCGAGACGCUGGAGAUGUCCGGGAACAAGCUCCUCUCUGGCGCGCUGCCGACAUUCUUGGUCGGCUUCUCGUCGCUGAGGCGGCUGGCAUUGGCCGGCAACGAGUUCACCGGAGCGAUUCCGGUGGAGCUGGGGCAAUUGUGUGGCAGAAUUGUUGAGCUGGACUUAUCCAGCAACCGGCUGGUUGGUGCCUUGCCGGCGAGCUUUGCAAAGUGCAAGUCUCUUGAGGUGCUCGACCUCGGUGGCAACCAGCUCGCCGGCGACUUUGUGGCCAGUGUCGUCAGCACCAUCGCCUCGCUGCGUGAGCUGCGGCUGUCGUUCAACAACAUCACCGGUGUAAACCCGCUGCCGGUGCUCGCAGCGGGGUGUCCAUUGCUGGAGGUGAUUGAUCUUGGGUCCAAUGAGCUCGAUGGGGAGAUAAUGCCGGAUCUUUGCUCGUCGUUGCCAUCAUUGCGGAAGCUGCUCCUUCCGAACAAUUACCUCAAUGGCACCGUGCCGCCUUCGCUUGGCGAUUGCGCCAAUCUGGAGUCCAUUGAUCUCAGCUUCAAUCUGCUGGUUGGCAAGAUCCCAACAGAGAUAAUCAGGCUUCCGAAGAUCGUUGAUCUGGUCAUGUGGGCGAAUGGCCUAUCCGGUGAGAUACCGGAUGUUCUCUGCUCCAAUGGCACCACAUUGGAGACAUUGGUGAUAAGCUACAACAACUUCACCGGAAGCAUUCCAAGAUCCAUUACAAAGUGUGUGAAUCUCAUCUGGGUGUCGCUUUCCGGUAACCGUCUUACCGGGAGCGUGCCCGGUGGAUUCGGCAAGCUUCAGAAGCUUGCCAUUCUGCAACUCAACAAGAAUCUGCUAUCUGGACAUGUUCCAGCAGAGCUUGGCAGCUGCAACAACCUCAUCUGGCUUGAUCUCAACAGCAACAGCUUCACCGGGACGAUACCGCCGCAGUUGGCAGGCCAGGCAGGGCUUGUUCCGGGAGGUAUUGUGUCAGGAAAGCAGUUUGCAUUUCUCCGGAAUGAGGCUGGCAACAUAUGCCCUGGUGCCGGUGUUCUCUUUGAGUUCUUUGGCAUCAGGCCAGAGCGGUUGGCUGAGUUCCCUGCAGUGCAUCUGUGCCCAUCCACAAGGAUUUACACGGGCACGACGGUUUAUACAUUCACCAACAAUGGGAGUAUGAUCUUCCUUGAUCUCUCAUACAAUGGCCUCACCGGCACAAUCCCAGGAAGUCUUGGAAACAUGAUGUAUCUUCAGGUCCUUAACUUGGGGCACAAUGAGCUCAAUGGUACAAUACCGGAUGCAUUUCAGAACCUCAAGUCGAUCGGCGCACUCGAUCUCUCAAACAAUCAGCUCAGUGGUGGCAUUCCUCCAGGCCUUGGUGGUUUGAAUUUCCUUGCAGAUUUUGAUGUCUCCAACAACAACCUGACUGGUCCAAUCCCUUCAUCCGGGCAGCUCACCACGUUCCCGCCAUCCCGGUACGACAACAACAAUGGUCUCUGUGGCAUCCCUUUGCCUCCUUGUGGCCACAAUCCCCCAUGGGGAGGUAGGCCACGCGGUUCGCCUGAUGGGAAGAGGAAGGUGAUUGGGGCGAGCAUUCUUGUCGGGGUGGCACUCUCCGUGCUCAUACUGCUCCUGCUGCUGGUCACUCUCUGCAAGCUCAGGAUGAACCAGAAGACUGAAGAGGUGAGAACUGGGUAUGUUGAGAGCCUUCCAACAUCUGGAACAUCGAGUUGGAAGCUGUCGGGUGUCCGUGAGCCGCUAAGCAUCAAUGUGGCGACAUUCGAGAAGCCGCUGAGGAAGCUCACAUUUGCACACCUCCUUGAGGCCACCAAUGGAUUCAGUGCUGAGACUCUCAUUGGAUCAGGGGGAUUUGGUGAGGUAUACAAGGCCAAGCUCAAGGAUGGCAGUGUUGUGGCCAUCAAGAAACUGAUUCACUUCACUGGCCAAGGUGACCGGGAAUUCACUGCAGAGAUGGAGACCAUUGGAAAGAUCAAGCACCGCAACCUUGUCCCAUUGCUUGGAUAUUGCAAGAUUGGUGAUGAGAGGCUCCUUGUCUACGAGUACAUGAAACACGGCAGCCUGGAUGUUGUGCUCCAUGACAAGGCCAAGGCUAGUGUGAAGCUUGACUGGUCAGCAAGAAAGAAAAUUGCAAUUGGUUCAGCCAGGGGCCUCGCAUUCCUCCACCACAGCUGCAUCCCACACAUCAUACACCGGGACAUGAAGUCGAGCAAUGUGCUUCUUGACAACAACCUCGAUGCCCGUGUAUCGGAUUUCGGGAUGGCAAGGCUGAUGAAUGCGCUUGAUACGCAUCUGAGUGUGAGCACACUUGCAGGUACACCUGGGUAUGUGCCACCUGAGUACUACCAAAGCUUCAGGUGCACGACCAAAGGCGACGUCUACAGCUAUGGUGUUGUGCUCUUGGAGCUCCUCUCAGGUAAGAAGCCAAUUGAUCCGACUGAGUUUGGAGACAACAACCUUGUUGGUUGGGUGAAGCAGAUGGUUAAAGAGAACAGAAGCAGUGAGAUCUUUGAUCCUACAUUGACUGAUAGAAAAUCAGGGGAAGCAGAGCUCUAUCAGUACCUGAAGAUUGCAUGCGAGUGCUUGGAUGAUCGACCCAACCGAAGGCCAACCAUGAUUCAGGUCAUGGCAAUGUUCAAAGAGCUGCAGCUUGACUCGGACAGUGAUAUCCUCGAUGGCUUUUCGAUCAAUUCGUCAACUAUAGAUGAGUCAGGAGAGAAAUCAAUGUAAUGCUGUCUAGUUCUUGCAGAUUUUGAUUAUCCGAAGUGGUAAAAUAUCAGACUAGCUCAACCAUUUUGGCUCCAUGGUAGAAAAAAAGGUAGUAUCCUCCAAUUCAGUAGGAAAAGUUGUAAUUUUGGUUCAAAUCACUGUACAUAAUACAUCAAAGUAUGAAGGAGAACACGGUGGUAGGAUUUAAUUUCAGAAAAAAAAGGCAGUUCUCUUUACCUGGAGAGACUAGUAUGUACCAAUCAAAUUUCUUGCUUUUGAGCAUCAAUAUUGUCAAGAAUGUAAUACAUAUUAGCUUUCCUUACACUUGCA